AUGAAUAGUUUCGAUACAAAAGCACUUGUGCUCCUCAUCACCGGGUCCUCCAACUAUAUGCCGGUGCUCUAUUUACUCAAAUCUCAAACAACCAUUAAGUGUGAAAACAAAAUUAGAACGCUUAAGAUAUUUGCCGGGAAUCUGAUUCCCACUCGUGAUAUACACAAAACCAACCACUUAUGGAACGAGUAUAAAAAGUGUUGGGAUUUCCUAUCAGCGAAACACCGACUUUUGGAUUUCAAACACAUUAUAAUUGAUUACGUUUUCGAGAGCCAGAGGAGAGCGCGAGUGAGAGGGGAAAGGGAGGACUGGGAGUAG